GGUGUUGCUGAAGAUGCUGGUGGAAAAGUUUGGCUGACCUUUUCCGGUGACCAUGUGACUGGAAAGAGGAGGUUGUGGGGAUUACAGAUGAAGAUAUAAAGCACGGCACAGACAGCACAUCUUCACAAACUCAAGAAGAAAGAAGCAGCUCUGACCAGAGACAUUGGCAGAGGCCUCUUGGGAUAUCUGUGACAACAGAGACCCUCAGCAGAAAUGAACAGCAGCCCCCCUGCAGGAAGCGCCCUGGCCCCUGGUGGAGGAACUGGCCCCACCACACCCAAGAAGGGACCACCCAAGUUCAAGCAGAGGCAGACUCGCACAUUCAAGAGCAAGGCCCCCAAGCCAGGCCAGAAGGGCUUUGGUGACGAUAUCCCUGGCAUGGAGGGUCUUGGCACAGACAUCACAGUGGUGUGCCCAUGGGAAGCCUUUGGCGACAUGGAGCUCAGCGACUUGGCCAAAUACGGGAUCAUUUAAACCUGCUGCCUCCUGCCUUCCUUG